AUGACCAACGACAACCCAGCCCGCCGGCUACAAAGCGGUCUCUUCUGUGAUACGUGUCAAUCGUCGACAAACGAUUGUUUUUGGAAAUGCAGCCACUGCAACGAGGGAGACUGGGGUUUCUGUAACUCCUGCGUCAACCAAGGACGAUGCUGCACCCACGCCUUAUUGCCCAUCCGGCGCAUUACCAAUAGCCCAUCUCCACCAGCACCGUCCCCCACAUCACCGGCUGGAUCAAAUACCCUCACGUCAUCCGAGAUCGAGAGCUUCAAAAUCCUCUCAUUCUCAACCAACUGCGAUAUCUGCACAUACCCAAUCCCAGCCUCAAACACCCGCUACCAUUGCCUGGAAUGCAAUAGCGGCGACUACGACGUCUGUACAAACUGUUACCUCAAACUCGUGGCAACAGGCAAAAUCAACAAAGAGAACGGACACAACGGCUGGCGCCGCUGCCUCGCCGGCCACCGUAUGAUAGUAGUCGGCUUCGAAGACCACGAAGAAGGCCAGCGCCGCGUCGUUGUACGCGAUCUCGUGGGUGGCCGCGCUCUGAAAGACGAGCACGUAGCACAAUCAAAAUCACACUCACCAACUUCCCCAGCAUCCGGUUCUCCAGUCGCAUCCCCAGAGCUAGGAACCGGUGACUGGAGCUGGAAAGAAGGCCCCGAGCGCCGUAAGAAAGCAUCCCGUCUGCGCCCCGGACAUGCCCCCACAAACAGUAUCACCGGGAAUUAUUCCGAUCCCUCAAAUCCAGCACAUUCCAGUGCCGCAAGUCCGGUUCAGGGCAUCCCGCCCUUCCGCCGGUUCCCGCCUGACGGUGGUGUCGGGCUCAUCGUCCAUGCCCUGUGGUCCUGGUACCCGGAAGAAGAAGUCGAAGACGAGCUUGUUUUUCCGCGCGGCGCGCAUAUUACCGAGGCGGAGAAUAUCAAUGAUGAUUGGUUCUGGGGAUGCUAUGCUGGUCGGACGGGACUGUUUCCUGGUUCGCAUGUUGAGGUUAUUGGUGAGAUUCAUAGGUGA